CAUUUAUCAGUAUGGAAAUAGGUGAGGACCCAAAGGUUCGAUCAGGUGCCACUCUGGUGAGGAACAUUUCAUACAAAUACAAGGAGGAACUGUCAGCUCAUCUCAUUGUUGCAGGAUGGGACAGAAAAGAUGGAGGACAGGUUUUUGCAACGCUGAACGGGCUUCUGACCAGACAGCCUUUUGCUGUUGGCGGCUCAGGCAGCUCUUAUGUUUAUGGAUUUGUUGAUGCUGAGUAUCGAAAAGGAAUGAGCAAGGAGGAGUGCCAGCAGUUUGUGGUUAACACUCUUGCUUUGGCCAUGAACCGUGACGGUUCCAGUGGGGGGGUGGCCUACUUGGUCACCAUUGAUGAACACAACACAGAGGAGAAAGUCAUUCUGGGAAAUGACCUGCCCACUUUCUUUGAUCAGUGAUACAGCUGUCUUUCUCAGCAAUAAUUGUAUUGUUGACAUUCAUUAUAAUAAUAAAAAACAAAAUACA